CUAACAUGUAAGUUUUUGUUACCCAAAAUGCAAUUUGUAUGUAACCACAAUUUCAUGGCCGACCUGCUUUUUUUUCUUUCUUUCUGAAAACCGCAAAUAUGAUUACACGUGGCCUGAAAAGAACGUACAGAAACUCGGUAAUGUGCAAAAAAAUAUCUUACUCUUAAUACGUGUAAUUUUGGAUUCUAAUUGGUCUAACGAUCUAUAAAACGAUACUAUUGGAGAUCAGAUUCUUCUCAUCUCACUUUGUUCAUCUAAAAACUCCUCCUUUUAUUUCUUUUGCUCCCAAACAAACUUUUUUUUCCCCACAUCUUAAAGAUCUCUCUCAUGGCGAUGUCUUUCUCAGGAGCUGUUCUCAGUGGCAUGGGUUCUUCUUUCCACAGCGGAGCCAAGCAGAGCGUUACUGGCGCUGUCAGAGUCGGCCAGAAAACUCAGUUCGUCGUCGUUUCUCAGCGCAAGAAGUCGUUGAUCUACGCCGCUAAAAGUGACGGCAACAUCCUCGAUGACCUCAACCAGGCCACAAAGAAAGCUUCAGAUUUCGUGACGGAUAAAACAAAAGAAGCGUUGGCAGAUGGCGAGAAAGCAAAAGACUACGUUGUUGAAAAAACCAGUGAAAACGCAGAUACAUUGGGUAAAGAAUCUGAGAAAGCUUCGGAGUACGUGGAGGAGAAAGGAAAAGAAGCCGCAAACACGGCGGCUGAGCUCGCAGAGGGUAAAGCAGGAGACGCUAAGGAUGCCACAAAGUAGGGUCUUAAUCAGUUAAUUCAAGAACUUAAACUCGUAGAUAUAUGGAUCCAUAUCCUCUCUCUUCAUGUUACAAUAAGAUCAGUCUGUUGUAAUUUCUAUUAAUUCCACACCAACCAAUGAAUGAAUGAAAUAAGAUAUGGUAUAUUCAGAAUAA